GCAAAUAUUUGUCCAACGUGGAAACUGGCAUUCUACAAGUCAUGAUGGCAUGUGAUUCCACAUGAGGUCGCUUGCAGCUUUGACCUUCAGGAAAGUGGAUCGAUUUUCCGGCGUGGCAAAUGUUUUGGUAAAAACUGGCAAGAAGUCUUUGCAAAACCAAUGUCAGCCUCGAGAUCCAAAGGCGAUUGGACUUGUUCGGUCCUAUGUUUCUGAACGGUUUGAGAUUACAAGGCAAGGCAAAAAACUUUCAUUCACUUCGAAGAAAACUGACUCGGAUGUGAUGGCUGCUCUUCACUCCAUGGAUUCAACAAACGACUUUACCGAGCACCUUCUCAGAGCUGGUUCUGAAGGCAAAUGGUCCAAAAAUAUGAGGGCGUGGGCGCACUACUUGUCUCGAAAGACUGAACUGCCAGAGUCCGUGGAGGAGCAAAUGACAGCCUUGGAUGCAGCGGGAAUUCUUGUACGGGUUGAUUCUCGCGAAAAGAAGCUCAUUGAAUGUUUGCGCGACUCCAUGGAGAUACCAUUCAGUGUGGAAACUCUUCGUGUGGGGGACGUCAUCAUUGGCAGGAAACCAUUCGAGAUCUUCAUCGAACGGAAGGCGGUGCCCGAUCUGGUGCAAUCUAUGUUUGACACGAGGCUCUUUAACCAGCUUGGCAAUCAGUUGAAUCAAACGGAAUACAACAGGCUAAAUUCGCUGGUCAUCGUGGAGGGCAAUCUCUCUCAGCUACACGUGCCCCGCCCAAAUAUGCAACGUUUGCCGUAUGAGGCGCAAAGGCGUUUGGCCUUGGCUACCAUGGUGAGGCUAUGUCUGCGUGACCAGAUUCCGGUGUUUCGAACGCAAGAUUUAGCCGGGACUGCAGAGAUAGUUUGCACCAUCGUGCAGGAGUAUCCAAAGUUGAUGCAGAUGAGACCUUUGCAGUACAGCACACGGAAGGAGAUUCCCUUUCGGCCGCGACGUGGAGAAGAUCCAAAGGAGGCCUUGGCGAGUCAACUGCGAUGUGUUCGCGGAGUUUCACAAGAGAUCGCCAAGAGAUUGGUCAAAGGUCAUAACCACAUGCAGUCUUUUAUCACCGCCAUGAUGGCAGCAGAGGAUCCUGUGCAAUGGCUAGUCCAGAAGGGCUCUCACAAAGAAUCUCGUUGGAGCCGACCCGCUGCAGCACUUUUAGCAGAGGCUUUGGCUGGACAGGCGGCUGUCGAGCGCGAGAACCUCAUAUGCUCUUUCCAGGCCAUUCACGGCUUGACAAGGGAGUCUGCAACAGUGCUUGUGCGAGACUUUGGGACGAGAAAGAAACUACAGAGUUUCCUACAAGGGGAACGGGAUCCUGUCAGAGCACUCUCACAGCUCGUUCCUGGCCUCAGCCUCCCCACACGCGUGGCCCUGGUUGCGGAGAUUGCUGGCAAGGAGGCUCUCGAGUUUGAGGAGUACAAAAACCGUUUGGCUUCCAUCAAUGGCGUCACUGCGGCCACUGCAUUGAAGAUCUCGGAAAAGUUCCCCGAUGCCGCAUCGCUUUGUCAGGCUUUGAUCGCAGACACUUCAGCACCAGAUCCAGUGUCUCGUGCCAUGCGGAUAGCAAAACUCUCUCACCCGGCAGCAUGCGAUUUGGUGUCUGAAUUUAUGGAGGGCAGUGCUGCUCGCUUAGCAGAGCUGGUGAAAGACAUCUCAAAGGUCCGUUGUUUAUCUGGGAAAACGGCGGUGGACUUGGCGAGUUUCGGCAGGAAGGGACUUGUGACAGCACUCAAGCAAGACCUUGGCGAUCUAAAGACAAAACGUGGGCGCGGAAUUCGCGGGACCCGAAGUGGAUUGACCCCGUUGCAAAUGCAACGUCUGGUAGAAAAGCUCAGAGAAGCUCCGAGAAACUCAGGAAAAAGAUCCAGUUUAUUUGGCUCCAUAGCUAAGCAGCACUGCAGCUGUCGCAGGUCCUCUCGAAGAUUUCUGUCAUUGGCUGAAGAGGACUUGGCCUCGUUGGUGCUUCGUGCGCGCAGAGGCACUUCAGACAGCAAUGAAGAUACUCGCUUUCUGCUGACUUUUCCACCCCUCCAGCCUCGUUUUGCUCAGCUGCUGCAUGCCCUGUUGGUCCGCUUUGACUUGACGUUUGUGGUACAGGGCUGGGGAGAUGAAAGGCGCCUCAUCGCGGAAGCCACACGUGACAAAGGGCUACUGCCGGUUGUGCGUUGUGAAGACUUCGUCUUAGGCAAGGAAGCUCCAGCCAGGCUAGCAGAUGUGGCAGUGCCGUGCGAUGUAGAAGAUCCCGUUGAUGCAGAUGCUGAUGCUGUGAAGAGGAAAGCAGACGAGGAUCAUGACGUGCAGCAACAUGACGACAGACAGGAGGCGGCUCCUGCUACUCCUGUCAAGCGCAAACGGCUUGGCUAUGGUGGGGGCGGUAUGAGGGGAUGGAGUAGUGAUGAGGAAGAGAGUGAUGAUGAGAUUGCGCGGAAAGCCUCAGCCGGAAAGGGCAGGACGCUUGGAGUGCGUGCUGCCGUAAACCCUGAGCGGGUCACUCGUGGCAGGGGCUUCGUGGCAGAGGUGGCCGCUCCACCCUCCAAAGUCGAGGAUGUGGUAGUUCGCUGCAAGCUUCGGAACGACUACGAGCCUUAUGCAAUCGAUCCUGAGGACACCUGGAGACCGCACAGGAAGCCCUAUGUGGAGUUGCUGGAAAGCUGGGAGUUUUCCCAUGCUUGGAGCUUUGAGCCUGAACACAAUCCAAAGAAGCCGCCAAUUUCUGGUGAUCCAGGUGGUAUUGCAACGUGGCGGGUGGAGCAUGCACCACAUCGACACUUUGCCGUAGCCCUUGGUGGACAGUCUCAUGAGAUGCGUAGAUGGUUGCUUGGCCGUGAGGGCUAUGGAGAGGAGCCAUAUGUGCUGGAGUUCCGGACCGUCGAAGCCGAGCAGCAGCAGUGGGAGUUCCGAUUCUCGCGGUGUUUGAAGCUUGCUGAUGCCAAAUGGAGGCCAUUGCCAUGGUCCAACGAACGUCACACAAUCUUCUGGAUGGCUUGCUUCAUUGGUCAAGAGGAUGGAAAACGGUACCUUCAUGCAGGACUUGACAAUUUUCCAGAGAAGCGUUUCUUCUCUGCUCGCUUGGCCAGCUUCCCAAAGGCAGUUGGAUUUGGACUGUCUGAUAGUGAUUCAAAAGCUGGCCAGUCCUUCUUCAUCCGGGACAUUGUGUUUUUUGGUCGAGGAGCUUUGAGGGGUAUUCCCUUUGCUGGCCGCGAUCACAUUGUGGAGGCGCAGCUGCCGCGACGCAAAGUCGAAGCGCUGCUGCGCAAAUUUGGUCAAGAUGUGAAAGUGGUGCUUAGCGUGGGCUCUGCAGAGAAUGGUGAAGAGGACGAGGAGAAGGAAAACCUGCCGUCUAAGACACCUUGGAGAACGAUGUUCUCUGAUGGCAUCUUGGAGGCUGCGCCACAGACCACAGAGCAGGACUCUGCAACACCUUCCCUGGUGAUUUGCUCGUCUCCUGAGCCAGAGGACAUCGCGCUUGCUGCAGCAACUCAAAGAUGGAUCGAGGCUGCUGUGGAUGAACGUGUUCAACUGGUUUUGGCCUCAACAAAGAGUUUGUCUGAUUGGGUUGCCACAACCUGUCAGCAGGGUGCCGAAGCUUCUCGGAUAACCGCUGCCGCUUUGCAUGAGUCAGAGGAAGCGAGGCGAUAUUUAGAGGCAGACGUUCGUCGCCUUGCAGAGCAGCAAGAGCGUUUCGAGCGUUUCUUCGAACGGCGAGAAAAUUCGGACGAGCUCCGGAAACUGAAAGAUCUGAAAGAUUUGUACACAGAGCAACAGGAGCGAUUCAGUGCCUUGGAACUUCGACUACGAAGCAAAGAGGUCUCUGACACAUCUCGCGAUGAAGAGUUUUCGAGUAUUGUCAGAGACGUCCAAUCCCUUCAAUUAGCAAUGCAACGCCUUGAAUCGCAGUGGGAGAAAGCAAAUGUGAAAUUCAACAAAGUUGGUUUGGAGGUUGCUUCAACAAGCUCCGCUGCCAGUAUUUGGGAAGGUCAAUGUCGCAGUGCGCAGGCUCUAUUGGAAUCGCGUUUAGAAGCUUUGAGCAAGUCCUUGUCCGACAUCGAACUUGGGAGAAAUGAAGGCCUGGAGAGGCUUAGAGAGGAACAACGCCUGGUUGAAAACCAAGCAAGGAACCACCUGCUGGCCAGACAGGAAUCUGAGACCAAAGCGAAAUUGGAAAAGGAAUCCUGUGAACGAAUCUUUGCCGCUGUGGAGAAACGUUGCAAUGAGUUGGCUGAACAGAUUCUGGAGAUCAGCAAGUCCCAGGUUGAAAUGCAGGAUUUUGCCUCUUCGCUCAGUGCGGUGGACAGUCGUUGUUCGGCCUUAGAGGAGAGGGAAGGACAACGAGGCCGCGAGGAUCAUGUGGAGCACCGCAGAUCUUUGGAAAAUCUGCAAAGGCGAAUGCAAUCGAUGCAGGUUGCCUUGGAAACCAUUGCUGAGAUGCGCCACGAAGAUCAUGCUCUUUUCGAGGAGCUGAAACUUGAUCAUGAGAGGUUUAGGCAGAAACUUGGAGACAAAAUGAAUAGCCUGGAGCUUCUGCAGCUUGGCUUGCAAGAGUCUCUGAAAUUAGUCGGAAAGGUCGAAGAUAUCGACAAUUUGGUGCAGAAUUUGCAGGAGGACAUGAUUCGAUUUAAAACUGAUGUGACAGGGUUGACCAAAGCCGCCCGAGAAGUGAAACAUGAAAUCCAGGAUGACUUCCGAAAUUGGGUGAAGUCUUGGGAUCGGGGCUUCCAACAUGAGAUGCCCAACAUUGAGAAAGAGCUAAAACAACAGCUCUCUGGAUAUUUGAAAGAGAGGCAGGCUGCUGAGGUUGUGAAGAUCUUGGGAUCAGCCAAGGCUGUGCUCGGCAUUUGCAAGACUUGGCCGAUAGGCAAUGACCUUUCUGGACCCGAGGCAGCCAAGCAAUUGCUGGAAAUCCAGGCGGAGGAGUGGCGCUCACUUCAUCCGGAAGUUAUCAGAGAGCUUGGAUUCUUCAAGGAACACUUGGAGCGCAACACUCGGCACUUAGAAGGAACGCGAAUUGCGCGCAGUGCUGCUAUGCUGCUCGGUCUGGUCACACCCAGAGCACUCACUUGUGUGCUGGGCAAGAAGGGCAAGAAGGGCAAGAAGGGCAAGAAGGGCAAGAAGGGCAAGAAGCAGAGACAGAUUCAUUUCUUCGCUCGACAUCAAGACCCCUCUGCGGAGUUCGCUUCUACGGAGGUUGCAGAGGUCUCACGCUUCCUAGCAAGACCUGGAGACUUUACCUACGCUGUGACUGAAGUGACUGCGGAGGGCCAAGUUUGUUCCAUGACAAUCACCCGCGGUGAGCUGUUGAUGGAGACUGGUCUCAGGCCACGAGAUCUUCGUGCAGUCUCUGUCCCUUUGAAUGGCUCGGACGUCGGCCCAAUGCUGUCUGGCAGGCGCACUGGCUUGCUGAUAGGGCUGGGUGGUGUGCGAGCAGUCGUCGAAGAGGAUCGAGCCCUGCUUUUCGGACCAUGGAGCCGCGAUCAGAUCCGCUUUCUGCGUGUGCUUGAAAACCAGAAGCGGGCCUUGGCAGAGGGAGCAGGUACUUCGCAAGCCAGCAGCUUUCGGAUGGUCUUUGUGGAAAGUGCUUUGCUCGCUCUGAGCCGUCGCCUUGCGUCCAGGCUCUCAGAGAUCCGUCAGAGCACCGAACCAAAGUUACGGGCGCCUCCGGUCUUGCGAGAGCAAGACCUGGAAGAGGUCCGGCAACUCCGACGAAACCUGGUCAGAUGUGCGAGCCAGGCUUCUGCCGUGUCAUCUUCUUUGCUCUCACGGUUGGAUGGUGAUGAGGCCAAGCUCUUGGCUGCAAGCGAUGGCGACCCUGCGUCGCACGAUGAGUGGGAGGCAUUGCUGGAGUCCUAUCUUCAGGCUUACAGUGAGCUUUCCCGCCAGUGCACCUCACUACUACAAGACAUCGAGGACUUUGAAGGCUCAGCCAGUUUGGCCCUCCAGGCCCGGCGUUUGCGAGUCGAGCAGUUCGAGCUGAGUCUGGUUAUUGCGUCCGUGUCCAUUGCAGCUGGAGGUAUAGUGCCUGGUGCCAUGGGUAUGAACUUGGUCAGCGGGUACGAGUCUUCAGAUAUAGCGUUCCGGGUCGCACUACUGAUCACCUUCUGUGUUGUGAUUUGCAUUUUCCUGACCAUUCGAUACCUCGCCGCGAGACAGGGCUUCCUUUUGUGA